AACCUUCUGCAAGUCUUGACAUUCAGAAUACAACUAGCAAAAUCAUUGUUCUGAUAUUGGUGUCCUCCCACAACCAAACCAUGUACAGAGUUGCGAGCGCAUCGGAGUACCUUGUGAUCACCGGCGUUGGGAUCUCUGAUAUCAAAAUCGCAAAGAAAGCAUGGAUUCUUCCUGGCCAAUCCUACACCGUGUUUGACGUCUCCCCAGUGAACUACACCUUUGAGGUGCAGGCCAUGAGCGCCGAGAAGCUCCCUUUUGUCCUUCCUGCCGUCUUCACCAUCGGCCCUCGUGUCGAUGACGAGUCUAGCCUCCUCAAGUACGCCAAGCUCAUCUCCCCUCACGACAAGCUCUCUCACCACGUUAAAGAACUCGUUCAGGGCAUCAUCGAAGGGGAGACUAGAGUUUUGGCGGCUUCCAUGACCAUGGAGGAGAUUUUCAGAGGGACCAAAGAGUUUAAGCAGGAAGUGUUUGAGAAAGUCCAGCUUGAGUUGAACCAGUUUGGGCUGUUGAUCUACAACGCAAAUGUUAAGCAGCUGGUUGACGUGCCGGGGCACGAGUAUUUCUCAUAUUUGGGCCAGAAAACUCAGAUGGAAGCCGCCAAUCAGGCCAGAGUCGAUGUUGCAGAGGCCAGGAUGAAGGGAGAGAUUGGUGCAAAGCUGAGGGAAGGGCAGACUCUUCAAAAUGCAGCCAAAAUCGACGCGGAGACGAAGAUCAUAUCCACCCAGAGGCAGGGAGAUGGAAAGAAAGAGGAAAUAAAGGUAAGGACAGAGGUAAAGGUGUAUGAGAAUGAGAAGGAGGCGGAGGUGGCUGAGGCCAACUCUGAGCUGGCUAAAAAGAAGGCGGGGUGGGCUAAGGAGGCGCAGGUGGCGGAGGUGGAGGCUAAUAAGGCGGUGGCUUUGAGGGAAGCUGAGCUGCAGAGGCAGGUGGAGCAGAUGAAUGCGUUGACGCAGACAGAGAAGCUUAAGGCUGAAUUUUUGAGCAAAGCUAGCGUUGAGUAUGAGACAAAGGUGCAAGAGGCGAAUUGGGAGCUUUACAAGAAACAAAAAGCUGCGGAAGCAUACCUGUACGAAAAGGAGAAAGAGGCAGCAGCUCAGAAAGCGGGAGCAGAGGCUGCUUUUUACGGGCGGAAACAGAUAGUUGAUGGAGAAUUGUAUGCGAAGAAGAAGGAAGCGGAAGGGCUGAUAGCGGUGGCAGAAGCUCAGGCUACAUACAUACGCACACUUCUUGAAGCAUUGGGAGGAAACUAUGGGGCUCUGAGGGACUACUUGAUGAUCAGUGGUGGGAUGUAUCAAGAAAUAGCCAAGAUCAAUGCUGAGGCUGUGCGUGGGCUGCAGCCCAAGAUCAGCAUUUGGACAACAACUGGUGAGCAAGAGAGUGGUGCAGGUGCAAUGAAAGAAGUAGCAGGGGUUUACAAGAUGCUACCGCCGCUAUUCCAGACUGUGCAGGAGCAAACUGGGAUGCUGCCCCCAACAUGGAUGGCCAAAUUGCCUAAUCAUGAGAAUUGAAUGAGGACUCUCCUACACCUACUUACCUGCUCCUACAGAUUAAUUAUUAUUAAUACUAGUGCUGCUGCUUGUUUGCUCUC